AUGUGGAGCUCGCUGCCUGCCGUCGGUUUUCUUUCUGUUUUAUUCCUCUAUGGAUGUAAGUGCGCUACAGGUUUCGUCUGCCCGCGAGUCUGCCGCUGUUUCUCCACAACCAUCAGAUGCAACAACGUGACAGAAGGAUCAAUUCUUACGAAGGAUCAUAGAGAUAAAAGACUGUUUCUGUAUGACCUGUCCUUGCAAACAAUUUCCAGCCAUUCAUUUGAGGGCUUGAGAGGAGUCCAGAGGAUUGAGAUUACUCAGAGUGUAACCCUGGAAACCAUCGAGGCGUUAGCGUUUAAUAACCUCCCCAACCUCUCUGAAAUCUCAAUCCAGAACACCAGGAGUCUGAUGCACAUUGGCAAGAAGACGUUUAACAACCUUCCCAAACUACGUUACCUGAGCAUUUCAAAUACAGGGAUCACAGUUUUUCCUGACAUCAUGUCCAUCAAUUCUCUUGAAUCAGAGUUUAUCUUGGAUAUCUGUGACAACUUGUAUCUAUUGGAAAUACCCCCAAAUACAUUCACUGGAAUGACUAAAGAGUAUGUUACUAUGAACCUGUUCAACAAUGGUGUCAGAGAAAUACACAACUAUGCCUUUAAUGGGACAAAGAUAGAUAAGCUGGUACUAAAGAAUAAUCGAAACCUCAGAGUGAUCCACAAAGAUGCUUUUAAGGGCGCCACAGGCCCUGGAGUGUUGGAUGUUUCUGCGACAGCCCUCUCUAAGUUACCAGAACAUGGACUAGAGUCUGUUCUGGUGCUGUUGGCUCAGUCAGCCUACGCUCUGAAGAGUCUUCCUCCUUUGCAGGGCCUGUGGAGCCUACGAGAGGCUCAUCUCACUUACAACAGUCACUGCUGUACACUGCUGAGCUGGAACAACCACAGGGACUUUCCCAUUAAUCCUGCACUGAGUAACAGCUCUACAAAUUGUGAUGAGAGUGACCCAUCUGCAAGGGUUCAGCGUGUAAUUGGUGGAUCAGCAGAUGGUACUCCAACGAAGAAUAUGCCAUUUUUCUCAGACACUGGUCUCGGUAUGGACGAUGAAGGUUUUGGAGACUUGAAUUUCCACUAUCCAGAACUCGACUUCUGUCAGAGCAGACCAACUUUAGUUUGCACUCCUGAAGCAGACGCUUUCAACCCUUGCGAGGACAUUGCAGGCUUCAGUUUCCUCAGGGUUGCCAUUUGGUUCAUCAACAUUCUGGCCAUCACAGGAAACCUGACCGUGCUGCUGGUUUUUCUCUGCAGCAGGAACAAGCUGACGGUGCCUCGCUUCCUUAUGUGCCACCUGGCUUUUGCAGACCUCUGCAUCGGGGUCUACCUGAUGAUGAUCGCCAUUGUGGACCUGCGCACACGUGGUCACUACAGCCAGCAUGCUAUAGAGUGGCAGACAGGGCCUGGAUGUAGCGCUGCAGGCUUUCUGUCUGUGUUUGGAGGGGAGUUGUCCGUUUACACGCUCUGCUCCAUCACCCUGGAGCGCUGGCACACCAUCACCAACGCUCUGCAGGUUGAACGCCAUCUUGUUCUCAAGCAGGCGGCCAGUGUAAUGCUAGCUGGUUGGCUGAUCUGUCUUGGGGUAGGUAUACUUCCUCUGAUUGGUGUCAGCAGUUACUCCAAAGUCAGCAUGUGUUUACCGAUGGACAUAGAGACUCCUCUGGCUCAGGCCUUCAUCAUUGUAAUCCUGCUCUUUAACGUGGCUGCCUUCGUCGUUGUGUGUGCGUGCUAUGUGCUCAUCUAUCUGGCCGUAAAGAACCCAGAGUUCCCCAGAAGAAAUGCCGACACAAAGAUCGCAAAGCGCAUGGCUGUGCUCAUCUUUACAGAUUUCCUCUGCAUGGCGCCCAUCUCCUUCUUCGCCAUCUCUGCUGCCUUUAAAGUCCCCCUCAUCACUGUGACAAACUCCAAGAUCCUCCUGGUCCUCUUCUUCCCCAUCAAUUCUUGUGCCAACCCGUUCCUUUAUGUAAUCUUCACUAAGGCUUUCAGGAAGGACGCGCACCAGCUCAUGAGCGCCAUGGGCUGCUGUAAAAACAAGGCCAAUGUUCACCGUAUGAAGGCCUGCGGAAAUGCCAUCAAGAGCAACCUGGGAUCGAAUCAUAAAAGCCCAGGAACAGGAAGGUCACAGCAGAGCCGGCACCUAAAGGAGGACGGAGAACUCACCUGA